CCUUGUGUCUGUGAGUUCACAUUCUGCCUCCUCAGCCUUUGCCGCUCUCUCGUACUCAGUCUCUCUCAUUGAAUCUCACACUCCUCCAGCCACAAUGAAAACCUCCAGGCAAAGUACAUACUCUGUGCAUUCCUCUACUAGCAGCAGGGCUCCUGCUACAUCCGUCACCCGUACCUCUGGUGCUGUCUACAGGGCCCCCACUAUCCACGGCGGGGCCGGCGGGGGACGCAUCAGCAUCUCCUCCAGCGUCCGCAGUGGUUUGGGAUCCGGGAUGGGAGUGGGCUCUGGAGCGGGGGGCUUCUCCAGUGGCAUGCAGGUGAGCGGGAACAGCGGAGACAUCAUGGGCAAUGAGAAGUUCGCCAUGCAGAACCUGAACGACCGCCUGGCCAGCUACCUGGAGACAGUGAGGAACCUGGAGCAGGCCAACCAAAAGCUGGAGAUUAAGAUCAAGGAGGCCCUGGAGAAGAGCGGACCCGACUUCAGAGACUACAGCAAGUACCAUGUUAUCCUGGAUGGCCUGAGGAAGAAGGUGUUUGAUGCCAUCACGGACAAUGCCCGCCUGGUUCUCAACAUCGACAACGCUCGCCUGGCAGCUGAUGACUUCAGAGUGAAAUACGAGUCUGAGCUGGCCAUUCGCCAGUCUGUGGAGGCUGACAUCAUCGGCCUGAGGAAGCUCAUCGAUGACACCAACAUGAGCCGCAUGAACCUGGAAAGUGAGAUUGAAUCCCUGAAGGAGGAGCUCAUCCACCUCAAGAAGAACCAUGAAAAUGAAGUUAUGGAGCUCCGUAACCAGAUUGCUCAGUCAGGUGUCCACGUGGAUGUUGACGCUCCCAAAGGAAAUGACCUGUCUCAGAUCAUGACAGAAAUAAGGGCAAAGUACGAGAACAUGGCAAAGAAGAACCAGGAAGAACUCAAAGCAUGGCAUGAAUCUCAGAUAACUGAAGUGCAGAGCGAGGUCGUCCAGAACACAGAGGCCCUGAAGGGUGCCCAGACAGAGGUGAAUGACCUGCGCAGACAGGUUCAAACCAUGGAGAUCGACCUGGAGUCACAGAGGAGCCUGAAAGGGUCUCUGGAGGGCACAUUGAGGGACACAGAGAUGCGUUACAACAUAGAGAUGGAGUCUCUCAACACCAUCCUACUGGGUCUGGAGGCCGAGCUCACACAGCUGCGUAACAACAUCCAGCAGCAGACACAGGAGUACGAGGCCCUGCUCAACAUGAAGAUGAAGCUGGAGGCAGAGAUCGCUACAUACAGACGCCUGCUGGAUGGGGAAGACUUCACUCUCCAGGAUGCACUGGAAGACCAGAAAACAGUGAAGACCAAAGUGAUGACUGUCACACAGACCCUGGUGGACGGGAAGGUGGUUUCCUCCAGCACAGAAACCAAGAACCUUUGAAUACCAGAAGCAACCACCUGACACUCCCAACAAUCACCACCACUGCUUCACAACACUAACAUAUUAUUGGCCAAAAUGUAUCUCCUUUCGUCUUACAGCACUAACCAUUAGAGUUGCGUUAGACGCUGAAAUUAGUUUGACUUUCUGGGUAUACAGCUGUUCCACGGGCCGAUGAAAUAAAAACUGGAUCAGAGGGAAACUAAAUCAUCUUUUAUUUAUUUCAUCAUGAUUUAUUUAUGUGUUUGUGUGUGGACCUGCAGAAGUUCAAAAUUGGAGACAAAACUAAUUGAAGACAUUGAAUAUUUCAAAGUUAUGAAAAUGUCCAAAUAAAUGCAAAACAUUUUUUGUAUGUCGUCAUCUUUGGUUUUCUUUCUGUCCAGUUAAGGCUGUUGUUGCGCUGUCAUUUUCAGAUAUUUCAAUAAAGUCCAUUUGAGAAAUUUA